AUGGCACAGAACUGCAGGAAGAUAUACAAGUCCGAAGGGUGUUGUCGGAGAGAUAAGAAUAUGAUAAAAUGUGCCACGACCGCUAUAAACCAGAUGAAGACGAUGUUCGAUACGGCCUGGUGCCCAAUCAAAGAACAACCGGCGAAACAUUCUGGAAAGUAUAAUGGUUGUGUAAUAGACCCCGCGUGUAACAUCAGGGAAUGUCCUUUCAGAGGAACCGGAGUGGCGCCUAACGUUUUGCAGACAUAUUGCACCAAGAGUAAACUAGAGCGGACUGGUGGCGGAGUGGCGGACCAAAACGCCAUGAAGCUGAAUCCGGGGGACGUGGGCCUUCGAGGUGACCGGGCCACGUUCUCGUUGGGCCGUGACCCUGGCUUGGUACACUACGACGAAAAAACCAGCAACGGAGCGGUGUACUACAAUAUGCGGCCAAAUGGGGGGAUUCAACUGGUGGAUCAAGACGAUGAGCAGGAUGGCGAUAACCAUCAGGAGCAGGAGCAAGAUAUGGAUCAGGAUCAGGACCAGGAUUGGGAUCGAGAUCUGGACCAGGAUCAAGAUAUAGAUCCAGAUCAGGAACACGAUCAAGAUCAGGACCAACAGGUGGACGAGUCCGGGGAUCAGCAGUCGGCCAAAGACCGCAAGCAUGUGAUGGAAAUGCUGCCCGCAUCCGUAAAACCGACGAUCGGACCGGUAACCGGCCUGCCCGUAAGCGACGAUGAGCACGUGUUCGUUCUAUGGUUGGGCAAGCGGCCUGGCGAACCGGACGAGAAAGCAAGGCUGCAAAUCGAGGUGCGCGUGCCCAAGUGGGUGCCGGAACCGGUGCCAUCCGAGACGUUGGUCGUGGAGGUUCCGCCGGAAGUGACGUCGAAAUCCAAGGGUGGUAAGAAGAAGAAGCGCGACAGCUCUAAGAAGAGUAACAGCUCCAAGAAGAGUGGAGGCUCCAAGAAGCGCGGGAGCUCUAAGAAGAGUAACAGCUCCAAGAAGAGCGGAAAGAAAUGA